AUGGUGGCAUCCUUAGGUUACCCCUCAUUGUUUUUCGUUGUACGUACGCCGUACCAUGCGGCAUACACGUUGCUAGCACAACUCUAUGGACGGCCUCCCGAAAGCGAUUCGAACAAUGCUGCCGGCGAUGAUAAAGAAAAUGGACAUUUCCAGAAUGGCGUAAAACCUUUGACGGGUACCACGAAGACAGCUAAAUUUUUCCAGAUACCUGCAGAAUUCGAAAGGCCACUCUGUAAAUUAGAUGCCGUGAUUCCACCGCUGCAACCGAAUCCGGACACGGAUCGAGUGAUAGCUGAGCUAACAGAAAUUCGAAGCAGAAUGUCACAAGGGGAGAGUUGUUUGCGUGCCGCCGAUGACCGUAACAUUUGGCUUCGCGAGCCACUUUUUACGGAACUCUCCAAACCCGCUGAGCCGAAAAACGAUGAGUUUUAUCGCGAUAUGCAUCGAAUGGUCGACCGAUCACCAACCAAGCUGCUUCAGAGUGUUCGCUUAUUUUAUGUGCGAGAUGGACAACGUACAGCUGUAGAUAUUCUCAACAACGUGAUGAAUUUGCAAACCACCAGCAGUCAGUUUUGUGGUUUAUUAGCGGAAUUGGGAGAAGGUGUUGAGGUGGCAACGCAUCCCUACUGGACCGGCGAUUGGAGGACUGCAUUUUCUGCUGAACGAAUGCCACGUGAAAUGGAAGAGAAUUUGGAUCACUACAUCAUCGAUGGUUUUACGCACUGUUUGUGGUGGGCCGAUUCGCAUAUCGAAGUAGCAUUCACCACUCCAACAGAACGCAUCAGGAAGCAUCCAUCUUUGUCUUGUGACUGUGACCCGGCUCUUGGUGCCCUCUCUGACGAACAAAACGAGCCGGAUCGGACGUUGAAUCGAGAUUUUGGUACAGUUAUUUGCCUUGACGUUUCGAGUAGCUCCGGUGGCCGAGCUUUGAGCUUAUCGUCCAGCGAAGACCGAUCAGCUGGACGAGCCAGUGGAAGUAGUGGACAGUCGAACAAAGUUAUGUCGGAGAUUCUUCCAGCACCCCAUGCAAAGAGUCACUCUGGCCUGGAUUCGGGCAGUGAAACGAAAGGAAGUGGCCAGAAUUUUGUAAAGCGAAGCUCUGACCAACGUGUAUUUGUUGUUUGGUUGGAAAGAACUGAGGACAUGCACUAUUUUCCAUGCGGUAUGUUACAGUGA